AUGGAAGUUGAGUUCCCAAUUGAUUCAGAUGGAGAUUCUACGAAAAAGGUACUUUUUAAAAUUAUUUCUGAGAAAUUGAUCAAAUUUUUAUAGAUUUCAAUCCCUAUUCCUCUUCCAAAAUAUACAAAUAUCGAAGAUUGGGUGAGAAAAGUAUGUGCUUCGGAAACAAGUUUAGAUUAUGAAGGUAUUGUUCUUCUUGUUGUUUUUAUUUCAAGUUUUUUGUUUUUAGAUGUCUAUCGAAAACUCCGUGAUUUCAUUCGAUCAGAAACCAGAAAAUAUGAAGAUUCCAAAAACGAUGUAUUGAUUUUGAGUUCGAUGUCCAAAAACUUUGCAUUUCCUCAAAUCCCAAAAGAUCAUCAAAGACAACCAAGUUUUGCUGAGAAAUUCCAAUUUGUUGUUUCAAAAUGCUCAAGUCAAAAUCUUAUAACAUUGAUGCAAAUGGAAGUAUUUAUGAAAAAAGAAAUGACUGAAAUGAUCCGAGCAAGAAAUUGGGAAGUCGAAGAAUUGACACGAAAAUGUGAAAAAGUAUUAGAUGAACAUAAUGAUGACAUGCAUCCACAUCAAAUUAGUAUGUUGAAUGAAAAACUAAGAGUGAGAGAAUCAAUAUAAAACACGGAUUAAUCUAAUUGUUUUAUUUUUCAGCAAGUCUAUGUGACAUAUUCUCAUCAAGUCGCUCAAUUGUCUGAAAAUCAACGACAAAAAUAUCGAAAAUCCGUUGAUUCUCUUUUUUCGCACGGAAGUUUACCAGCCGAUUUUAUAGAAGAAAUUGAUUUAGAUGAAAGCCAGUAAGACUGUUUUUUUGAAGUUUAAUAUGAAAUCAAAUGUUUUUUUACAGUUUCAUGGGACCAGCAACAAAUUCUACCAAUGCGGAAGGAGUCAACGAAAGUUUUACAAUAUAUAUUGGUUAGUUGUUUGUCAAAUCAUAAACUUUCAAACACCCCCUCAGAGCAAUACACCUAAUCUCUUUCUCGCUUUUCUUUUUCCUCUUCUCAUUUUUUUUGCAUCCACAGCUGUUGUUUCUUUUCUUUUACGUUUCCAUGAUUUAGUUUUUUUAUUGGUUUCUUUUCUACUUCUUUCAUCCAUCAUUUCUCAUAGUUUUACAUCAAUCUACUAUACAAACAUAUAUAUUUUUAAUUAAUUUAUAGGAGCUCAACUCAAAUCAAUGCACAAUGCUUGUUUAGUAACAGUUGAUACGAUGACUGAUAUUUGUCAAACAUUUGAGGUAAUUUUCAAUUUAAAAAAAAAUUUAAUUUUGUAAAUAAGAAAAAUUGUUUUUCAGGGAGAUUGGACAACUUCUUCUCGAUUAGAAAUGGCAACAAAAUUAUACGGUCGGAAUCUUGCUGCUGUAACAUUAUUAGUUCCAAGAGAUCCAAUGCAUCAUGUUACGUCAUCAACAAGUAAGAUUAAUAUACAUUUUUGUACUUGAAAAGAGUUUUUAGAAUUUCAAAAAUUAUGCGAACAAUCAACUGAAUUACAUUUCGAACCUCUUGCUGAACAAUUAAAUCAUGUCAAAACUUCAACUCGUCAAGGAAAUAUUUGGCGAGCAGAAUGUGUUGAAAAAGAUGAUUGCGGUGAAAAACAAAUCAAACCACAAUUACACGAUUCGGUAUUAUCGAUUGGCGAUGUUUAUUGUACAAAACAUUCAAAUCUUCAUAAAAUUCAAAUUGUUUUUCAUUUGGUGGCUGAUGAUGUAUUACAAUCUGUUGAAAUAUCAUCUCGACAUGCUUGUUUGAAUGGAAUUCGAAAUAUUAUCAAAAUGACCGCACAUUUUGGAAUUACCUCAAUUCAUUUGCCACUUUUAUUAAUUGAUAGACCAGAUGAGGUAACACAUUUUCAAAAAAAAAAACCCAAAACAAAAUUUUAUUCUAUUUUUAGAGUACAACAAUUCAAUGGUGUGUAAAACGAGCAGAAAUGGUUUAUAAAUGUGUGAAAGGAUAUUUAAUGGAAGUUUGUGGUGGAGCAGCAAAUCUCGAAUCAUUACCACAUUAUAAUGUUCAUUUUGUUCUACCAUCUGGUUUAACUCCUUCUAUUUAUACAACAAUUGCCAAUAUGUUUCCAUCGAUUUUUCAUUUGGUUCCAAGUGUUUCAAUCACUUUGUGA